AACCCACCAACCCACCAAUGCAUCAUUAUCUUCAAAUGGUCAUCGUCGUCGACGUGGAGUUCUAUUACAAUAUGAUUUCGAAAAAAUUCCAGUCAAUCGCCAAACAUCAGAUCAAAUUGGUGAGAUAUCGGUGAGUAACUGUGUGUUUGAUUUAUAAUUUAGAACAUCUUUAUCUUUGUGUCUCUAUAUCUAUCUUCUAUCAUGAUAAAUCUAUAGCCACAUAAACAAGACAUUACACAACAUUUACUCCCGUCCAAAAUGGCUUCAUCCAACCACUCAGAUGAAGAAACACCCCUCCUCUCCGAUUCCACCACCCAAUCACCAUCUAUCUUAGGAGAUCCUUCUGCAUCUGCAGAAGCAACAAUUAUUCCAGAUGAACCCAGUACCAAACGUCUAGUAAUUACCCUAGGAGCAGUCUGGGUAGGUGUUUUUCUCGGUGCUCUCGAUUCAACUAUUAUCGCAACCCUCUCUGCCAGUAUCUCUACAUCUUUCAACUCCCUUUCUCUUCUCUCCUGGCUCGCUUCCGCAUAUCUAAUAGCAAACGCUGCAUGUCAACCGCUUUCUGGUCGUCUUACCGAUAUCUUCAGUCGAAGAACUGGCCUGAUCGUUAGCAAUAUACUUUUCGCUGCAGGAAACCUAAUAUGCGGAUUGGCAGAUAGUCAAUGGGUGAUGAUAUUUGGGCGAGUGGUCGCAGGAUGUGGGGGUGGAGGUUUAAUGGCAAUAAGCACUUUUGUGGGAAGUGACUUGGUUCCGCUUAGAAAGAGAGGAGUCGUGCAAGGAAUUGGAAAUAUUUGUUAUGGGACGGGAGCGGGAUUGGGAGGUAUUUUUGGAGGUUGGAUAAAUGAUAAUUGGGGAUGGAGAAUGGCUUUUCUGGUUCAAGUACCUUUUAUUAUGGUUUCUGGAGUCGUGGUUGCUUGUUCCGUCAACAUCCCUCCUAAGAAAAGCGAAAAGUCGAAAUUAUCAAGAGUCGAUUUCUUAGGCUCAUUUACCCUGGUUCUUACACUCGUUCUUCUUCUCCUAGGACUUAAUUCCGGUGGAAAUAUAGUUCCAUGGAAUCACCCCCUCGUCUAUGUUUCGCUAUCUCUUUCUCUGCUUUCCCUACUUGGUUUCAUCUAUAUCGAACUAUACAUCGCAUCCGAACCCGUCAUCCCCGUACGACUCCUCGUCAACCGUACCGUUCUCGCCGCCUGUCUUACAAAUUGGUUCGUCACAAUGGUUAUCUUCAUGAUUAUCUUCUACGUACCACUAUACUAUCAAGUCCGUGGUGUAUCAACCACUGCCUCUGGUAUGCGACUUAUCCCCCAAUCUAUCGGUGCCUCUAUAGGUUCUUUAGGUUCUGGUAUCAUCAUGAAUAGGACUGGCAAAUAUAAAGCCACUAGUCUUAUUACACUUACCAUGAUAGUUAUCGGUACUGGUUUAUUGGUAACUUUAAACCCAAAUACUCCAGAUUGGCCAAUCUAUAUCUAUCUCUCCUUAACAGGAAUCGGUUACGGUGCAAUCCUCACUACCACUCUUUUGGCCAUCAUCUCAGCAGUAUCUCAUGAUCAUCACUCCGUCAUCACAUCAGCAUCCUAUGCAUUCCGUUCCACGGGUUCCACAAUAGGUAUCACAGUCGCAAGUGCAGUAUACCAGAAUAUACUUAAAACACAACUGUGGGAGAAAUUCGGAGAUCAACCUAAUGCUGAGGAAAUCAUUAAGAAGAUUAGAGAUUCUUUUGAUGAGCUGAAUAACCUUCCUGAAGGUUGGAAAGAGGGUGUCAUGGAGAGUUAUAUGGAUUCUUUUAGAGGGGUUUUCUUGACGGCUUUGGGUUUUGCGGUGUUGAUGGCGGGGGUGGGGAGUAUGAUGAAGCAAAAUGUUUUACAUGAGAGAUUGGAUAGGAGUUAGGUGCUGAGGUUUGAACCUCAGAACUUGAACUUUGGACCUUGGAUGUUGGAAGGUUUGGGUUUGGGUUUUUUGAAUAAUGGGAAGAUUUAUUCAACGAGGGGGAUGGAUCAGUUGAGAUGUUUUCGAAUAUUUAACAUCUUAUAUAUAUGAACUUCGAAAAGAGAACUUUCACAAAGUUUGAUUCGAUGUUUCGUCUAUGGUACUGGAAUCAAAAUGGAGAGUAUAUUGUAAGUAUACUAGACUUAAAUUGGGGCAAUACAAUGCAAUGAGAGGAGGAUAUAAAGAGUUGAAGUCGGAAGAUAUAUUAGAUAUAGAUGAUAUAUAUGAGGGGAAAUUGUAACCUUAGAUACUUGGAUAUAUAUAUAUGCAUUCUCUUCAACUUAUCAUUACACUAAAACACACGAAUAGGAUUAAAAAAUUAAGAAACUCUACA